AGUAACUGAUUAGUUUUUUCAACAUAAGCAGACAUUUCAAACAUUUUAUAAUUUAUCCAAAUAAACAAUUUAGUUUUUCCAUUUAUACCAUUUGUAUGAUACAUUUCGAAAGGUCAGAAACGUUCGAAACUGGUAUAAGAAUUAAAAAGCGCUUAAUAAUACAUUUUUUUAAAUGCAAAAAUUGAAUGAGUGAUUACUGUAUUGCGAAGUCGAAACAUGAUUUCUAAUGUGGACAUCGAAUCAUUGGUUUGUGAAGUGUAAUAAUUAUUCGAGAAAUUCAUUAUCUAAUAUUGGAUAUAUAAAUAUGACACGACCAAAAGUUUUAGUGACACAUUCUAGUAUUCCAGAAGUCGCUUUGAAAUUAUUAAGAGAUGAAUGUAAUGUUGAUAUUUGGGAUCAAGACAUACCAAUUCCUAAAACAGAAUUGUUAUUAAGGAUAAAAGGAGUAGAUGCUUUAUUCUGUGUUAUUACAAAUAAAAUUGAUGAUGAAGUUUUAAAUGCAGCUGGUUCAAACUUAAAAAUUAUUGCAACAAUGUCUGUUGGAGUAGAUCAUUUAGAUUUGCAAGCUAUAAAAUUACGAAAUAUAUUAGUUGGACAUACCCCUGGAGUAUUAACUGAUGCUGUUGCUGAAUUAACAAUGGGUUUAUUAUUAGUUACUGCGAGAAGAUUGAUUGAAGCAAAUAGAUCAAUAUAUAAAGGGGAAUGGAAAAGUUGGUCUCCACUUUGGAUGACUGGAUCAAGAAUUUCUGGUUCAAAUGUUGGAAUUGUAGGAUUGGGUCGUAUUGGUCUUAGGAUAGCAGAAUACCUUUGUAGCUUUGGAGUUAAUCAAAUUCUAUACACUAGUCGUACUGAAAAGCCAGCAGCUACAAAACUGGGAGCACAUAAAGUUAAUUUAGAUUUUUUAUUAAAUAAUAGUGAUUUUGUUAUAGUUACAAUAGCUUUAGUACCAGAAUCUAGAGAGAUGUUUAACAAAGAAACAUUUGUGAAAAUGAAAAAAAGUGCAAUUUUUAUAAAUGUUAGUCGAGGAGAAGUGGUGCACCAACCAUCUUUAAUUGAGGCUUUAAAAAAUGGUACUAUACAAGCAGCAGGUUUAGAUGUAAUGACACCUGAACCUGUACCACUUGAUAGUGAACUACUUAAACUUAAUAAUUGUGUUAUUUUUCCACACUUGGGAAGUGCUGCUAUAAAAACGCGUGAAGAAAUGUCAAUCAUAACAGCGAAAAAUAUUUUGGCUGUAUUGCAUAGUCAACCCGAUGAAAUGCCUGCUAUACUUAAAAUUUAA